AUGUACGCCAAGUUCGCCGCCCUCGCUGCCCUUGUGGCCUCGGCCACUGCCCAGCAAGUUUGCACCACCACGGCUGAGAGGCACCCCCCCCUUUCGUGGCAAAGGUGCUCGGCUGGCGGCAGCUGCACCACCGUCUCUGGCUCCGUGGUCCUCGAUUCCAACUGGCGGUGGACUCACCGGACCUCGGACACCACCAACUGCUACAGCGGCAACGUGUGGGAUUCGACCAUCUGCACUACUGGCGCUGAUUGCGCUUCCAAGUGCUGCGUUGAGGGCGCCGACUAUGCCAGCACCUAUGGUGUCACCACCAGCGGCAACUCUCUGAACCUCAAGUUCGUCACCAAGCAUCAGCACGGCACCAACGUCGGAUCCCGUACCUAUCUGAUGGAGUCCGACACCAAGUACCAAAUGUUCAACCUCCUCGGCAAUGAGUUCACUUUCGACGUCGAUGUUUCCAACCUUGGCUGCGGCCUCAACGGUGCCCUGUACUUCGUGACCAUGGAUGCCGAUGGCGGCAUGUCCAAGUACUCGAGCAACAAGGCUGGUGCUAAGUACGGCACCGGUUACUGCGAUUCCCAGUGCCCUCGCGACAUCAAGUGGAUCAACGGCGAGGCCAACGUUGUGGGCUGGAGCGGCUCGACUAACGACCCCAACGCCGGCUUUGGCAGCUAUGGUGCCUGCUGCGACGAGAUGGACGUCUGGGAGGCCAACAACAUGGCCACUGCCUUCACUCCCCACCCGUGCACGACCCUCGGCCAGACUCGCUGCGAGGGUGAUGGGUGCGGUGGCACCUACAGCGAGGAUCGCUAUGGUGGUAUCUGCGACCCCGAUGGAUGCGACUUCAACUCGUACCGCCAGGGCAACAAGACCUUCUACGGCAAGGGCAUGACUGUCGACACCACCAAGAAGCUCACGGUCGUCACCCAGUUCAUCAAGAACGCCGCUGGCGAGCUCUCCGAGAUCAAGCGCUUCUACGCCCAGAACGGCGUGGUUAUUCCCAACUCGGAGUCGACCAUCGCCGGCGUGCCUGGCAACUCCAUCACCACGGCGUACUGCGAUGCCCAGAAGGCCGCCUUCGGCGAUGAGAUCGACUUCCAGCGCAAGGGUGGUCUGGUCCAGAUGGGCAAGGCCCUCGAGAAAGGCAUGGUCCUCGUCAUGUCCAUCUGGGACGACCACGCCGCCAACAUGCUCUGGCUCGACUCGACGUACCCGGUCGACGCCGCCGGCCGCCCGGGCGCCGAGCGCGGUGCCUGCCCGACCACCUCGGGUGUCCCCGCCGAGGUCGAGGCCCAGGUCCCCAACUCCAACGUCGUCUUCUCCAACAUCAAGUUCGGCCCCAUCGGCUCCACCGUCGCUGGCCUGCCCGACAACGGCGGCGGUCCCAGCAGCUCCAGCACCAUCCGCACCAGCACCACCUCCACCCGGACCUCCACGUCCACCUCCAUUCGCACCACUUCCACUUCCACCCGCACCACCUCGUCGCAGGGCGGCCAAGCUACUGCUACCGCCAAGCGCUGGCAGCAGUGUGGCGGCAUCGGCUGGACCGGCCCGACCAUCUGCGAAUCUCCUUACAGCUGCACCAAGCUGAACGACUGGUUCUACCAGUGCCUCUAA